AUUUUUCCUCUUUACCUCUAUAUGCUUCGUAACGUGUUUAUUUUAUGAUAAAUCUCCACUGACAACGAUCCUUAUCGUUAAAGGACCACUCAUACUACAAUACAGCAAAGGCGCGUAUGUCAAAUUUUUUAGUUAGUAUUCAGAGUUGUUCGCGACAGUUAAUACUUGUCAUAAAUCACAAAAAAUAAUGUCUGAACAAUUAUUAUACGGACCUCCCGAUGACUCAACGAUCCCAUUAACGUCUAUGGGAAAAUUCGUGUAUGAGAAGUUACAAGAAAACGAUUUGAAUGCGGUCGCUUUGGUGGAUGCAUUUAGUGGGGAUACUUUGACGUAUGGCGAACUUCUAAAUGAAAGUAUUCAAGUUGCUAUAGCUUUAAAGAAUCAUGGUAUUAAAAAGGGUGAUAAAAUUGCUAUUGCUAGUGAAAAUACAAUUAGAUAUUGCGUCCCUCUUAUUGCUAGUUUAUACAUAGGAUCUAUAUUAUGUCCAUCAAAUCCUAUGUAUGUAACGAGAGAAAUGAUUCAUUCCACAAAUUUAACGAAACCUAAACUGGUAUUCACAUCAACACUAUGUUUAAAAACGAUUUUAGAAGUAAAAAGUCAAGUUGAUUAUAUAGAAAAAGUUAUAGUAUUUGGAGAAACUGGCGAUGGCGCCGUAAUUCGUUACCAAGAUUUUAUAAAAGUAGAUGAAGAUGUUAAAAAUUUUCAACCUGUUGAUUUAGAUGUUGAUUGUCUCCAAUCGAUUCUACUUUCAUCUGGAACAAUGGGAUUGCCAAAAGGAGUUAUGUUAUCUCAUCGAAAUCUUCGAGUUACCCUUCAUUACUUACAUGAGGAUGAGUACGCUGGAAUGACAAAAGGAGAUGUAAUAAUCGGAGUGGUACCUUGUUUUCACGUUUUCGGGCUUUUCUGUACAUUGGGAGCAAUUACUUUUUCGACGAAAGUUGUCGUUAUGGGCACCUUCAAACCUGACGUUUUUUUAAAAUCCAUUCAAACCUAUAAAGUGACCAGAUUAUUUGUCGUUCCACCAAUAGCCAUCUUUUUGGCGAAACACCCAAUAGUUUCCAGUUUCGAUGUGUCUAGUAUAAAAGCAAUUUUUUGUUCUGCAGCACCUCUAGGGCAUGACAUCCAAGAAAUGCUAGAAAAACGUUUAGGAGUCGUUCGACAAGCGUACGGUUUAACGGAAAUUUGCGGAGUUGCUACGGCUCAAGUUAAAAAUUGUACCAAACCGGGAACGGCUGGGAGAUUAAUUCUUGGUUUAGUAGCUAAAGUAAUUGACAUAGAUACUGGAAAACCAGUUGGAGUUAAUCAGCGUGGAGAAAUGUGUUUUAAAGGAUCAAUGGUUACUCAAGGUUAUUAUGGGGAUAAAGAGGCCACUAAAAUGACUUUUGAUGAGGAUGGGUUUUUGCAUAGUGGCGAUGUUGCUUAUUAUGAUGAAGAUGGUGACUUUUUUAUUGUUGAUAGAUUAAAAGAGUUGAUUAAAUAUAAAGGAUUUCAGGUUCCUCCUGCAGAACUUGAAGAUAUUUUGAUAUCACAUCCUAGUGUUAAAGAGGCAGGAGUUGUUGGUAAGCAAGAUGAACGCGCUGGUGAAGUUCCGGUUGCUUUUGUAGUGAAACAAUCAAACGCAGAAGUAUCAGAACAAGAACUAGUGGAAUAUGUGUCAUCACGAGUUUCUGAACAAAAACGGUUAUAUGGUGGUAUAAUUUUCUUAGAUGAGUUACCAAAAACUCAAUCUGGAAAAAUAUUAAGAAGAAAACUUAGAGAGUUACUAUAAACAGAUGUUAAUAAUUUUAUCACUAAAAUGGUUUAGUUCAAAUAAAUGUUUUUUAAAUUAAA